AUGAUCUGGGGGGUUCUGUUAUGCUGCCUUGUGACGCCGGCUGCUGGAUACCAAGCACAGGAGCGACCAGCUUUCUUUCACGGGCAUGUUUUUGAGAACUCACCAGCGGCUUCUAAAGUCAACGGACUGAGCAUUCCGGUGAGGCGCAUCAACGCGGAAAAAUGGUGCCCGGUCUCCGGGAUGCACUUCAAACUGUAUGGAAAUGGCAGCGAAGAUUUCCGCGCCUUCGCCCACCACAAACGGGGAAAUAUAUUGCUGAAAACUUCCAGGGUUUUAGACCGAGAGGCUCGCUCAGAAUACCUGCUGAGCAUCGGUCUGUGCUGCCAGACCUGCGCCCGGGAGUCGGUGCUCUCCGAGGCUGCGUCGGUCAAAGUGGACGUUUUGGAUACCAACGAUCACGAGCCGACUUUUCGCAGUGCAGACAGCGUCCACAUAAGUUUAGAUGACACCACCGCUCUUCGCAGCGUAGUUUACAGGCUGGAGGCUGUCGACGCAGACAGCGGGAAGAACGCAGAGUUGACGUACAUCUCCAGCCCCAGGAACGGCAGCUUCUAUGUGGUCCCGAAAACAGGCGAAGUUUUGCUGGUCGACUCCAUCCUGGGGCUCCCGUCUCAGGUCACGUUCUAUGUGUACGCCAGAGACCACGGGUGGCCCCCCCUGACCAGCAGGUCUGUGUUGGUGACCAUCGCUCCACAGCGCUGGGCGACGCGUCCUGCUGAGCUGGGGGGGUCAGCGCGGGCAGGACGCGCGCCGCGGGCGUUACUUGACCCUGGCACAGUGGUUUCCCUCAACGUGUCUGAAGACGCCGGCAUCGGCUCGGUCAUAACGAGCCUGACUCCCACCAGGUUCCAGUCAGCCGGCUAUGAGCUGCUGUACCCGGAGUCAGACAGCUCCCCGGUGACCGUGGGCCGCGACACUGGAGAUAUCACCAUCGCCCGGAGGCUGGACAGGGAGGCAGAGCCGUUCGUGGAGCUCACUGUUAAGAUUCAGGAUAAACGAGGCCCAGACUGGUACCUGAACAAGGUGAAGCUGAAGAUCACUGAUGUCAACGACAACGUCCCUGAGUGGAAUAUGAAGCCGUACCCGUACCUGGCUGUAGUGUCCCCCGAGGCCCCGGCGGGAGCGUUCGUCUACCAGCUCCAGGCCCACGACGGGGAUGAGGGCAAAAGCGGAGAGGUGGAAUACUUUCUGUCGGAUGGCGGUGAUGGCUGCUUUGCUGUAGACAAGAAGACGGGCCAGGUGGUGACCACAGGGCUGGUGCUCCAGAGCGACAGAGAGUACUUGUUAAGCGUGGUGGCCCUUGACGGCAUGGGCAGCCGCAGUGCCCCGGCCAUGCUGUCGGUGGUGGCCGGAGCCCGAGCGCCGCAGUUCACCAACACCAGCUACGCCAUCUCCAUACCGGAGAACACGCCUGAAGGACAGCCCUUCCUGGUGGUGUUUGCCAUUUCCUUUCAGAAGCAGCAAAUCAGCUACAGCCUGCUGAUCAAUCCCAGCAGCCUGUUCAGCAUUCGGCAGGAGACGGGGGAGAUCAGUCUGACCCGGACGCUGGAUUACGAGAACGACCAGCGCCGCUACCUCCUGAUGGUGCGAGCCAGCGAGGAGCCGGGCAGCCUCAGCGCCGCCACAGAGGUUCAGGUGUUGAUAACGGAUGAGAAUGAUUGUGUCCCAGAGUUCCUUCAGUCCAUCUACAGCGUGGAUGGAGUCCCUGAGACUGUAACCACGGCAACGUCGCUGCUGCAGGUGCUGGCCACGGACUGUGACUCGGGGUUAAACGCCGAGCUCACCUAUUACACCCUGAGCCCGGACUUCAGCAUUUCACCCCACGGGACGGUUUUCCCCGCGAGCCGGCUCGACUACGAGAGGCCCAACCAUCUGUACGAGUUUGUGGUGAUGGCGGUGGACAGCGGGGACGAGCCUCACUCCGGCACCGCCACGGUCCGCGUGAGGAUGGCCAACGUCAACGACGAAGCCCCUGAGUUCUCCCAGACAGUGUAUCGAACCUUUGUUUCUGAGGACGCGGGACCCAACACCCUGGUCGCCACGGUUCUGGCCAAAGAUCCAGACGGCGACGGGAUAAUCUACUCCAUCACCGCCGGCAACGAGGAAGGAAACUUCGUCAUCGACAGCCAGAAAGGGUUGAUCCGUCUCCGCUCCACUCCCCUGCCCAAGCUUCAAGGCUUAGAGUACGUCCUGAAUGUAACGGCCACGGACGACAACGCGUCGGGCGGCCCGCACCCGCUGUCCUCCAGCGCCAGGGUCAUCGUUGGGGUCGACGACGUCAACAACAACAAGCCGGUGUUUGAGGAGUGCCAGCAAUAUCGUGAGCAGGCUUCAGUGCUGGAGAACCAGCCAACGGGGACUUUUGUGUUGCAAGUGCAUGCUGUGGAUGCAGAUGAGGGAGCAAAUGGAAAAGUCAAAUAUGGCUUAAUGCACAGAGACAGCGCCAUGCCUGCCUUCAGAAUCCAUCCAGACACAGGAGUGAUCGUGACCGCCCGGCAGUUCGACAGGGAGCGGCAGAGGGAGUACUCGAUUACAGUAACGGCCACUGAUUGGGCAGAAGAGCCGCUCAUCGGCAUCUGUCAGCUCACCGUCCAGAUACUGGACCAGAAUGAUAACAGCCCCAAGUUUGAGAAUCUGCGCUACGAGUACUUCCUGAGAGAGGACACUUUGGUCGGCACCAGCUUUUUACGCGUGGCAGCGCACGACGACGACUUCGGCACUAAUGCAGCUAUCGCUUACUCCAUGUCCCUGGAGCAGCCCGAGUACCUGCGGGUCAACCCCGUCACCGGAUGGGUCUACGUCAACCAGCCCAUAUCGCAGAGGACCUACAUCACACGGGACAUCAUAGCGACUGACGGGGGAAACCGAAGCACGUCCGUGGAGCUGGCGGUCACCAUCACCAACGUGAAGAACCAGCCUCCGCAGUGGGAGAAGGAGAGCUACAGCGUGGUCAUCCCCGAGAACACGGCCAGAGACACGCCCAUCGUGACGAUCAAGGCGACCUCUCAGCUGGGCGACCCGAGGGUGACCUACAACCUGGAGGACGGGAUGGUCCCUGAAACCAACAUGCCGGUCCGGUUCUACCUGUCGCCCAACCGGGAGGACGGCUCUGCUUCCAUUCUGGUGUCCGAGCCGCUGGACUACGAGACCACCCCGUUCUUCUCGCUCCGCGUUCGGGCGCAGAACGUGGCCGCGGUGCCUCUCGCAGCUUUCACCAGAGUUUACGUGAACAUCACAGACGUCAACGACAACGUGCCAUUUUUCACGUCCUCCAUCUACGAGGCCUCGGUGACAGAAGGAGCCCAGAUAGGGACCUCAGUUCUCCAAGUGUCUGCACAUGACAAAGACCUGGGUCUGAACGGAGAGAUCACUUACUCUUUGCUGAGCGACAGCAGCGGCGACCACCAUCUGUUUCGUAUAGACCCCGAACUUGGGAUUAUCUACACAGAAGCUGUGUUUGACCGCGAAGCACGAAGCUCCUACUUGCUGGAAGUCCAGUCAGCAGAUGGCCAAGAGUCAGCACGACCCGGGAAGAACAAACAGCCCAACACAGACACAGCGUAUGUGAGGGUUUUCAUCAGCGACGUCAACGACAACAAGCCGGUCUUUGCUCAGCGGCUGUAUGAAGUCGGUGUCGACGAGAAUGCAGAUGUGGGCCUGGCUGUUGUCACCGUUAGCGCUAAUGACGAGGAUGAAGGGGCCAAUGCCAAGCUGCGCUACCAGAUAACAUCUGGCAACAAAGGUGGCGUUUUUGACAUCGAGCCAGAGGUGGGGACGAUCUUUAUUGCACAGCCACUGGACUACGAGCAGCAAAAGAGGUACAAGCUCCUGGUCCUCGCCUCCGAUGGAAAGUGGGAAGAUUACGCUGCAGUGGUUGUCACAGUGGUUAACAAGAACGAUGAGGCGCCCGUGUUCUCCAUGAACGAAUACUACGGGUCUGUCACAGAGGAGCUCGAUGGAUCACCUGUGUUUGUGCUACAGGUGACGGCUACUGACCCGGACAAAGAUGCGGACCAGGGCGCCAUACGGUAUUCCAUCCAUGGCCAGGGGGCAGAGUCGCACUUCAUGAUAAACGACAUCACCGGGGAGAUGUAUGCCCAGCGCACCAUGGACCGAGAAGACCGAGCAGUCUGGCGUUUUGUUGUCAUGGCGACAGACGAGGAGGGCGAGGGACUUACCGGCUUUACGGAUGUUAUUAUCAACGUGUGGGACAUCAAUGACAACGCCCCCACCUUCUCGUGCGCGCCUGACAACUGCCACAGCAGCAUUGCAGAGAACUCUCCUCCUGGAACAUUUGUGGUGGAGAUGACGGCGGUUGACCUCGACGACGCCGCCGUGGGGCAAAACGCAAUCCUCACCUACCGGAUUACUGAAAACACACACAAUGCAGACAGCGCAGAUCUGUUCACCAUCGAUUCCAGCACCGGCACCAUAUCUGUGUCUGCAGAGGGUCUGGACCGAGAGCUCGCCGACAGCCACCACCUGAUCGUGGAGGCCCGCGAUGGGGGGGGGAUGACGGGCACGGCGACGGUUACCGUGGUGGUAACAGACAUCAACGACCACGUGCCAAAGUUUAGAGAGGACUGGUGUGGCGCUCGUGUGCCCGAGAGCACAGACGAAGACGCCGCCAUCCUGGAGCUGAGCGCUACGGACCCUGACGCCGGCACAUAUGGACACCUGACCUUCAGCGUGGUGGCGGGAGACCCGGAGCAGCGGUUCUACAUGGUUAGCCACAGACUGGAGCAGACGGGCGCUCUGAGGCUGAAGAAGCAGCUGGACUUUGAGCAGCCAGGGGAGCAGCGGUUUAACCUCACCAUCAAGGUGGAGGACUCUGACUUCUCCAGCCUCAUCCACUGUCUGGUCCUGGUGGAGGAUGAGAAUGACAAUGCCCCCGUGUUUACCCCGAGCUCCCACCUGCUCUCCCCUCUGCCCGAGGACAUAAGUGUAGGAAGCAGCAUCGUUCAGGUCGUGGCCACUGACACUGAUUCAGGCCAGAACGGGGACAUUUUGUACAGCAUCCUGCCCCAGUCAGACCCAUACGGACAUUUCACAGUCAGCCGUGGCGGCGUGGUCACGGUGGCCAGGCCGCUGGAUAGGGAGACAGUGGCGAGUUAUGAGCUUGUCGUCAUGGCGACAGACCGGGGUACCCCAGCGCUGACUGGCAGUGUCACGGUCCACUUGCCGUUGCUAGACAUGAAUGACAACGGGCCAGAGCUGGAGACAGCCUACACGCCGGUGCUGUGGGAGAACAGUCCAGCGCCUCAAGUGGUGUGGCUCAACAGCAGCUCCACGCUGCUCCACGUGGUGGACAGAGACUCCCCAGAGCACGGGCCUCCCUUCUCGCUCGCCUUGCCCUCCGUGUACUCGACCGACUUCCACCUGCAGGACCACGGGAACGGCUCGGCCACGCUCACCACCCUGAGGAGGUUCGACAGGGAGCGGCAGACCGAGUUCCGCCUGCCCGUGGUGAUGACUGACAGCGGCGUUCCACCAAUCACGGCCACGAGCACGCUCACCAUCACCAUCGGAGACCACAACGACAACGCGCAUCAGGCGGGAGAGAAAGACGUCUACGUGCACAGCCGUAAGGGAAGGAUGGCAAACGCAGCACUGGGGAAGGUGUAUGCCCCAGAUCCAGAUGACUGGGACAACAAGACCUACACUCUGGAGACAAGCGCAGCCAAAUACUUCAGUCUGAACCAGAGCUCAGGAGUGCUGAGCGUCCGGCAGAACACUCCCGCAGGCAGCUACUGGUUGCGGGUCGGGGUCUCUGAUGGGGUGUGGCCCGACGUGAUCUCAGGAGUCAGAGUCCAUGUGAGGGAGCUGGAGGAAAAGGCCAUCCUGUCAUCCGCCUCGCUGCGUUUAACCGGCAUUACAGCGAGAGAUUUUAUCGACCCUCACGUCGAGGGGAAGAGUCGGCUGGAGGCGUUCUGGGACUUCCUGUCUGAAACCCUGUCCGUCAGACCGGGGAGCAUCAACAUUUUCAGCAUCGCAGACGGAGAGGAGAAAACAGUGGACAUCCAUUUCUAUGUGCUAACUGAUAACGGCUACCUGCGCCCAGAGAAGCUCCACGCUGUCCUCAUGGCACACAAAAGGAAGCUUCAGUCACUCCUGCGUGCGAAUGUGAGCCAGGUGGAGGUGGAUGAAUGUGUGCGCGCCGACUGCAAGACAUCCGGCGGCUGCUACACACAGUUAAGCAUCAGCGACUCGCCCACCUUGAUCGACUCCGGUGCUUUAUCCCUGGUCUCGGUGAAGGUGACGUCUUCGGCUGUGUGUGGCUGCGCUGCCAGAGAAUCCACCCUCCGGCCCUGCUCCUCCUACACCAGCAACCCCUGCCUCAACGGGGGAACCUGCGUCGACACCCAGACUGGGCACAGGUGCCACUGCCCCCCACAGCUCGAGGGGCCAGACUGUCAGCAGACCAGACUUAGUUUCCUUGGCAACGGCUAUGCCUGGUUUCCCCCCAUAAGACCGUGCUUUGAUAGCCAUCUUUCACUGGAGUUUAUGACGGAGGAAGACGACGGGCUGCUGCUGUACGCCGGCCCGCUGGCGACUCUCCUGCCGGGGGACAGCGAGGACUACAUGGCCAUAGAGCUGAUUGGUGGGACGCCCAGCCUGAAAAUUAACCACGGCUCCGGGACCCUGGUCCUCCAGCUGACGAAUAACGCCGGCGUAGCCGACAGACGCUGGCACCGCCUGGAUGUGAGGAGCAACAGCAAAGAAGUGCGCUUCACUCUGGAUCGAUGCUCCAGCGCCAUCGUCAUGGAGACGGAAGGCGUGGACUCAUGGGCGAUGACAGAGGACCGCUCGUCCUGUGAAAUCCGAGGGGUCACGCCCAACAGGGACAAGUACCUGAAUGGAAGUUAUGUGCUGCAGCUCGGCGGGGUCAACGAGAACAUAUCGUAUGAAUACCCUCAGCUGCAGCACAAACACUACAGCGGCUGCAUGAGGAACCUGCUCGUGGACAGCAAGCUCUAUGACCUUGGCUCCCCGGCUGAAUCCUCCAACACUUUGCCGGGCUGUGCUCUUAUUGAUGGCCACUGCGCCAGCGUGGCGGCGCUUCCCUCCUGUGGCAAGAGGGGUCGCUGUCACGGCGAGCGGGGCUCUUUGAGCUGCCUGUGUGAAAGAGGGUUUACAGGGCCGCAGUGUGACCAAGCGGCCCCAGAGUUCUCCUUUGAUGGCCGGAGCCACAUUCAGCUGCAGCUCCUGUGGUCCCUGCCCGCCAGAAAGACCCGAGUCCAGGUUGGGGUUCGGACGCGGGCCGGCGCCGGAGUCAUCCUGAGCCUGCUCUCCCAGGAGCAGAACGAGUACCUUCGACUGGAGGUUGUUCAGGGUCUGCUGGCCGUUCUCUUCAACCUCGGAGACGGAGACUACAACGUCACGCUGCCCUACCGCCGGCUGGAUGACGGGGAGUGGCACGAGGUGGAGGUGGAUCGCUACGGCAGAGAGUUCACCCUGCGACUGGACGGAGGCGGAGGACGGCAGGAGGUCACGGCCUCGCCUGGCCGCAGUCAGGAGAUCAUCAUUGACCCGUCUGUGGUGAUGCUCGGAAACUGGUUUCCUUCGGGCCACAACAGGAGCUUCCUCGGCUGUUUGCGAGAUGUGAGGUUUAACGGCCGCUCCAUCCCUCUUGAUCCGGAGCAGCCCUCAGAGGGGCUUCAAGUGGUCAGUUCGCAGGGCGUCUCUGUCGGCUGCUCUUCAGAUGCCUGCAGGAAGCACCACUGCUCCCCUCCCCUGGUCUGCGUGGACCUCUGGAGACAGCACGAGUGCAGGUGCCCUCCGGGCCACAUGACCAAAGAGGGCUCGCUGGGCAAAGUGUGCGUCUACACGCUGUGCGCCAGCCGCCCUUGUCGCCACGGCACCUGUGUGGCCCACUCCCCGUCCCGCUACUCGUGCCACUGCAGCGAGGGCUACCGGGGACGGCACUGCGAGGUGACGCUGGCCAUGUUCCACAACGAGGACGGCAACAGCCUCAGCCUCAGCUCCAUGUUCGCCAUCAGCAUCUGCGUCAUGGCCUUUCUAGUGUUGAUGCUGGGCCUGUUCCUCUACUCCUGCUGGAGGAGGCACAAGGGCCUGAAGGAGGGUGUGUACCAUGUGUCUGCUCACCACGGCGAGUGGGAGGACAUCCGAGAAAAUGUGCUCAACUACGACGAGGAAGGUGGAGGGGAGCAGGACCAGAAUGCCUUCAACAUGGUGGAGCUGCAGCGCUCCCUCCAGCCCAGCCCGGCGCAGUCUCUCCGCUACAGCUACCCGCAGAGCAUCAUCUCCUACCCGCAGACCAAGCUCAGCCAGGACAGCAGCAAGGCGGCCAUGUCUAACGGGAACGGCAACGCGGCCAUCGCCCUGCGCUUGGCCAUCCCCCCCUCAGAGACAGAGACCCUGCCGUCCCCUCUGACCUUCCGCCGCUCCCACAGAACCCUCUCCUUCUCCAGCCAGGACUUGGCCCGCUACCUGUGUGAGGUCAUCAGGGACAUGGAGCACCCGGAGGAGCUCGGCACCAUGACCACACCACGCCGUCCUUCCAACAAGGAGCGCGGCCUGGCGGCGGUGCGCUCCCUCAGCUCCCUCAGUGCAUCUCAGGGUUCAGAAGUCAGGCUUCAGGCGGCCCAGAGCACCCGCUUAGACAGGUUCAAAACCCUCCGAGCCGUGGUGAGCGAUUUAAGAGGAGACUCCAAGACUCCGGAGGGCCAGAGAGACAAACUGAAGGAGAGCAGAGGGCAGCUGAACUGUGAGAAGAGCGGCUGA